AAUUAAAUAUCUCGGAACCUGUGCGAACUCGCUAUUAACAUUGUAAACGCUGCUUAUGGUACCCAUGUGACCAACGGAAGAUACGUGAUUAUAAAGAGUAAUGCAUGCUGAACAUGAAUCCAGUGUAGUUUUUUCAUUAUCGUUGAUGUCUAAUAUUUCGUGGGCGAUCAAACUUGAAACUUGUGUUUGGGGCUAAUCGAUCAAUUUCAGGUUAGGUUUCCCUCGAGCGUGAUUCUAUCUUCCCUUGCACGUGCGUCAGUUUGUAUAGGAGGGAAAUGGUACGCACGUAUCGUCGCAAAACGACUCCCGUUGACAAGGAGCAACUCAAGAAGGCAGUUCUUGCGGUGAGAAAAGAUAAAAUGAGCGUUUACGCAGCCGCAAAACAAUUCGAUGUCCGGAGAACCACGUUGAACAACUGGUUGAAGAAGAACAACGAUGAGAUAGAAAACUUGGAUAACGUGGUCGUACUACAUAAAGGACACUUCUCGGUUAUGGACUCUGAAACUGAAAAGACUUUGGUGGAAUACUUAGUACAUUGCAACGAUAUGUACUUUGGGCUAUCUGCGAAGGAAACCCGUGGUUUAGCCUUUGAUUUAGCUAAAAAAUUGAAUCUGAAGGUACCAGCAUCGUGGGAAGCCGCUCGCAUGGCCGGUGAAGAUUGGCUAAGCAGCUUUCUCAAACGACAUCCAAUAUUAUCCAUAUGCAAACCAGAAGCGACAAGUUUAGCAUGUGCCACCAGUUUCAAUCGAACAAAUGUAGAAAGGUUCUUUGCGCUGCUAAAAUCUGUGUGGGAUAAAUAUCGUUUCCCAAUUCACUGCAUAUGGAAUAUGGAUGAGACGGGAAUAACAACCGUUCAGACACCGAACAGAAUCAUCGGCCGAGUGAAACAAAUCGAGCGAGUGACUUCUGCGGAACGAGGAAACCUCGUAACUUUGACGAUGACGGUGUCAGCGAUUGGGCAAUUUUUACCUCCUUUUUUUAUUUUUCCUCGUAAACAUUUCAAGGAAUAUUUCCUUAACGGCGGACCACCAGGCUGCACAGGUGAAGCGAAUCCAAGUGGCUGGAUGAACGCGGAGCAUUUUGUCAAAUUCUUACAGUUUUUCCAGUCCCAUGUGCAUGCCUCCGUCGACGAUCCAGUUUUACUGAUACUCGACAAUCAGGAAUCACAUUUGUCCAUCGCUGGUCUCGACUAUUGUAAAGCGAAUGGAAUCAUUGUCCUAUCAUCACCGCCGCAUUAUUCGCAUAAGCUGCAACCGCUGAAACGCACCGUCUAUGACCCGUUAAAGAAAUGUGUAAACGCACAGUGCGAUAACUGGAUGACGUCUCAUCCUGGUAGGACAAUGACGAUGUACGACAUCCCCGGAAUCGUGGCUAAGGCACUACCACUUGCCGUAACGUAUCAAAAUAUUGUGUCCGGGUUUGAAUGCACUGGAAUUUCUCCAUUCAACCCAGACAUUUUCCAAGAAUACGAAUUUUUGACGAACAGCGUUAUGGAUAGAAAGUACCCUUUUACUUUCGUUGAUCCUGAAAAAGUCUACCUCAACGCAACCGACUCGGACGCCGAUCAGAACGAAGACAAAGUCGAUCCCAUGGCUUUAUCUAUGUCUCAUUAUGGUGAUACAUUGUGGGGGCACUUGAGCGCAACGAAACUUGAAAGUAUUCCUGAAAGCCGCUCCGAGACAGCCGACUCAUGAAGAACGAAGAACGAGCAUCGUCCUUACUGGCUCGCCUCAAAUGUGGGAAUUGGCGACUGAGCAGUAAAAUUUUAAAUAAAUUUUUAUAUUUUU